AUCCAUCGAGCGGGAGAGCUCCAAAAUCCAAAAUUUCCCCAAUCCCCUCCCAAGUCCCAACCCUAACCCCCUUCCUUCUCCCUCUUCCCCUCCACGCUCCCCGUUCCAAGCACCCUCCCCUCCGGCGGUCCACGCUUCUAGGUUCAAAGCCAGCACCCGGCAAGAAUGCCUCCUCGCGCCCAGUAGCUUCGUGGUCCGAGCGCGAGUCCAAAAAAAAAAAGCUUCGGGUUCGAGGGGAAGUCAUGGAGGACGGCAGCGGCGGCGGAGAGGGGAGCACCAGCGGAGGGAGGUUCCAGAUACUGCAGGCGAACCGGGACCCCGAGUCGAACUGGGAGUUGGACGUCGCCAAGAGCCUCGAGGAGUACCUCCUCAAGAUCUGCUCCGGCGAGAUCUCCGGCGAAGACGGGGCCCACAACGUCAACUUCGCCGAAGCGGCGCUAUUACUCCAGGGAUCAGUUCAAGUUUACAGCCGCAAGGUGGAGUACUUGUACUCAUUGGUGCUAAAUGCGUUGGAAUUUCUCUCGCAGAAUAAGCAAGAUCAACAACAAAAGGGUUCUGCGGAAGCUAAUGAAAAUGAUCCUAGCAUUACUCCCAAUGAAGAAGAUGAUAUGUUUGUAGGGUUAGAUGAUGUUCCAGCGGAAACAAGAACCACUUUGGAUAACAGUCUUGACCGAGAUGAUUUGCGAAGAAAAAUUGUGAGGCCACCGGCAAAUCUAUUGGUGUUUGAAGGAGACGGUAUUGAUAGCGAAGCAAGCGAGCUGGAUUCGUAUUUGUUAGCAACAUGUGGUUUUUAUGGAGAUUUUCUCCUGCUAGAUCCAUGUGAUGCACCAGCUGUUGUUGACUUUUUGCAAGGAAAAAAAUCAGGCGAAGAAGAUAUUCUGACUCACAAAGGUGGCUUGGCACGGUCUAAAAGUCGAAACAAUAUCUUCACUUCCCCAAAUGGAAGAUCUGGGGGUACUGGUCUAAGACGAACCCCUGGGAAAGUCCAAGAAGGAAAUCUAGAUCAAACUCAGGAGAGCAAUCUUGAUCAAUCUCAAGAAAUAAAUCCAGAUCAAACUCAAGGAGAUGCGUGUGACUUCAAAGUAAAUGACAGUAAUUGGUCUGAUCAUCCUGUUGACCAUGAUUUUCCUGAUGCGAACAUGUCCCAGCCAGAUGAUGCAGAUGCUGGGUGCCCAGAUCUUGGGGAUGAUUCUGAUGAUGAGGAUCCAUAUAAACCUUUGAAUCCCCAUGAUCCUGGCAACCUAAAGAUCAGACCUUAUAGGAGAGUUAAAGGUUUUGCGAGACAUGUUAUUGGUGCUCCAAAGAAGAAAACUCUUGCAUAUCUAUUUCCUAUGGCAAAGAUGGAUGGUGUUGUUAGUCCUGAACUAGCAAAAUCUUUUGAAGUGCAUAUGUCUCAGCAGGAAAAACUCCAUGCGUCCGAAUCACUUCCUCUUUAUGAAAAGCUUAGGAUGUCACUUGAAACCGGAGAUGAAAAUUGCCAUGUGUUUGGAGAUUUGAAGGAUGACAAUGAGCCCAAUAUUGCUGUGAAUGAUUUUGAUGAUAUUAAUGAGCCAGAUACGCUGAAUGAUAUGUAUGACAUGGAUGUUAAUAUGGACAUACCAACAUACACAGAUAAGAAGGAUGACGCACCACUUGAUGAGGCUCAAGUUACACAGGAAAGCAUGGAUGGACAUGAAAGCCUUGAGGAUUUGUGUCGGUCACAUCUGGAUCUUCUACUUGCUAGCAUAGCUGAGGCCGAACAGCAGACCGAGCUGGAUGCACGAGUUUCAACUUGGAAAGAACGAAUAGAGCAUGCCUUGGAAGAGCAGGAUAGAAACCCGCCUUUUGAUAUCGGUGUUUAUGGAGAGCAAAUCCUUCACACACUCUCAUCAAAAGCUGACACAGGGACUGCGUCAUUCAGUGAGAUUGUUAGUGGCAAACCAAAGUAUGAAGCUGCAAGAACAUUCUCUGCCCUUCUCCAGCUGGUGAACGGCAGAAGUGUUGAUUUAGACAAAGGACUAAAAGGACAAGCUACGAAUGAGUUGGUGUGUUACACAGCUGCCAACCCAUUCCAUGUAAAGCUCAUUGGUCCCAACCGGAGACCAGAAAUGGAGGCACGUUUCGCACGUAAGAGAGUCAAGUCCCCUCAACAAAGCUGCGGCGAAGAUGGUGGGCCCUCUCUGGUGCAACAGAAGUCUUCUAAGGAGAAGCCACAUAAAAAUGGCAAGGCUUCAGUUAAGGCAGCAGUUGGAUUGACACCUGACGGGAAGCGAAGGCGAAAGUCGGUACUGGUGCAGGCAUUCAAUCUGGAAUUCAGCUGAUGCAAUGGUGUCAGACUUCUGACUCUGGGCAUUAGUAGUGUAAUCUUUCUAUCUUGUAUUGUUGAUUGUCUAGCUGAUGUCAAGGGGCUGAUGAGCACAGGGUAAAUUAGUAAGUUGUGAUUUAGGGCCUAGCUAGAGUGCUAAGAUGGUACUCCCUCCGUCCCAAAAUAAGUGACAAUUUGUAUAAGAAUCUGUACAAAUCCAUGUCACUUAUUUUGGGACAGAGUGAGUAUAUAUUUGUACAAUAGACCAUCAUGUUGCUCUUGUUCUGUAUGUAUAUUAUUAUCAACCCCAAGUGUAAUCUUAACCUGGCAAACUUUGGGGGGCUAGAAAUGCCCUUGUAUGGGCAAACACAUUGAUUAAAAUUCGUUAUAUAAUUCAGUAAUUUGUACUA